CGUUAGGUUUGCUGAAGCGAUGGCGGCGCGCGUGUUGAGGCUGCUGACUACUCUGCUGGCUGCCGCCCUCGCCGCCUCCAUGGCCGAGGUCGGGUCCGAGGCGGGAUGGGACUUAGAGGCUCCUGACCUGCUCUUUGCCGCGGGGACCGCGGCCUAUGCGCGCGCGGACUGGGCCGGGGUGGUACUCAACAUGGAGCGGGCGCUGCGCUCGCGGGCAGCCCUGCGCGCCCUCCGCCUGCGCUGCCGCACCCAGUGUGCCACCGACCUCCCGUGGGAGCCGGACCCGCACUCGUCCCCCAGCCCGGGCGAGGCCUCGAGCGUCACCGCCCUGCACGACCUGCGCUUCUUCGGGGGCCUGCUGCGCCGGGCCGCCUGUCUGCGUCGCUGCCUCGGGCCGCCGGGCGCCCACUCGCUCAGCGAGGAGCUGGAGUUCGAGUUCCGUAAGCGGAGCCCCUACAACUACCUGCAGGUCGCCUACUUCAAGAUAAACAAGCUGGAGAAAGCCGUCGCGGCCGCUCACACCUUCUUUGUGGGCAACCCGGAGCACAUGGAGAUGCGCCAGAACCUGGAGUAUUACCAAACCAUGUCUGGGGUCAAGGAGGGCGACUUCAAGGACCUUGAGGCCAGACCCCAUAUGCAGGAGUUUCGACUGGGCGUGCGACUCUAUUCCGAGGAGCGACCGCAGGAAGCCGUGCUCCACCUCGAGGCCGCACUGCAGGAGUACUUCACUGCGGACGAGGAGUGCCGUGCACUCUGCGAGGGACCCUAUGACUAUGAUGGCUACAACUACCUCGAGUACAAUGCUGACCUCUUCCAAGCCAUCGCAGAUCACUACCUCCAGGUCCUCAGCUGUAAGCAGAACUGCGUCACCGAGCUUGCCACCCACCCGAGUCGAGAGAAGCCCUUUGAAGACUUCCUGCCGUCCCACUAUAAUUACCUGCAGUUUGCCUACUAUAACAUCGGGAAUUACACACAGGCUAUUGAAUGUGCCCAGACCUAUCUCCUCUUCUUCCCCCACGACGAGGUGAUGAAGCAGAAUCUGGCCUACUACGUAGCUAUGCUUGGAGAGGAACAAGCCGCAUCCAUUGGUCCCCGUAAGAGAGCCCAGGAGUACCGACAGCGGAGUCUGGUGGAAAAAGAACUGCUCUUCUUUGCUUACGAUGCGUUUGGGAUCCCCUUCGUUGACCCGGAUUCGUGGACGCCCCAGGAGGUGAUGCCCAAGAGACUGCAAGAGAAGCAGAAGUCCGAACGGGAGACGGCCGCCCGCAUCUCCCAGGAAAUCGGAAACCUGAUGAAGGAAAUCGAGACCCUGGUGGAAGAGAAGACAAAGGAGUCAGUGGAUGUGAGCAUGCUGGUUCGGGAAGGAGGCUCCCUGCUCUAUGAAGGGAUCCGCCUCACCAUGAACUCCAAGCUCCUGAACGGCUCCCAGCGGGUGGUGAUGGAUGGAGUCAUCUCCGAUGACGAGUGUCGCGAGCUGCAGAAGCUGACCAAUGCCGCAGCCACCGCUGGAGACGGCUACCGGGGCCACACCUCCCCGCACACACCCCACGAGAGGUUCUACGGCAUCACCGUCUUCAAAGCACUCAAGCUGGGGCAAGAAGGGAAAGUCCCCCUCCAGAGUGCCCACCUGUACUACAAUGUGACGGAGAAGGUGAGACAGGUCAUGGAGUCCUACUUCCGCCUGGAUACACCCCUGUACUUCUCCUACUCCCACCUGGUGUGCCGCACUGCCAUAGAAGAGGCACAGGCUGAGAGGAAGGACAGCAGCCACGCCGUGCACGUGGACAACUGCAUCCUGAACGCUGAGGCCCUGGAGUGCGUCAAAGAGCCCCCUGCCUACACCUUCCGCGACUACAGCGCUAUUCUCUACCUAAAUGGGGAUUUCGACGGAGGACACUUCUACUUCACGGAGCUAGAUGCCCAGACCGUGACGGCGGAGGUGCAGCCCCAGUGUGGCAGGGCAGUGGGGUUCUCUUCUGGCACGGAGAACCCGCAUGGAGUGAAGGCCGUCACCAGGGGGCAACGCUGUGCCAUCGCCCUGUGGUUCACCCUGGACCCUCGACACAGUGAGCGGGACAGAGUGCAGGCUGACGACCUGGUGAAGAUGCUCUUUAACCCUGAGGAGAUGGACCUCCCCCAGGAGCAGCCCCUGGGAGUCCAGCAGGACCCCCCUCAGCCUGCCAAAGAGCCUCUUUCAGGCAGCAAGUCAGAAGACAAGGAUGAGCUAUGACAGUGCCCACGUCCUUCAUGGGUGUGUGGGAAGACUCGAGGAGAGGUGCUCUGUCCUGCGCCCAGGGCUGGCCAGCCCCUCAGGACCUCAGAACAGCGGGCACUGCUGCCCUGCUCGCUGCCAUCUUCAAGGUGCUUCUGCUCUGGGAAUGGACGUAUCGGGAUAGCCCGCCCACCCCCAAGGUACCUGGCUAGGGCUCGGGUCACAGAUCCAGAGCCCCCGGGGGCCUGCACAGGCAGCCCCAUGACAGUGGUGCUGUAGUCACAUGCCGGAGGGAGAUAACCCCAAAAUAAAGGAUCUGCGGGGGUUA